GUCAAUAAUACACUCAAAACAAAGUUUAAAUUCAUUAAUUAACGUUUUCUACCUUCUAAUCGCUCAUUAAUGAACUUUAAUUAAUCUCAUCAUAUAAAACAAAUCAAAAUGGCAACGUAUAAGUUAUCAGAUCCUGAAUUCGUGGAUAAAAUAAUUUUGGAAGUAAAAAGUCAAGGACAUUUCGAUACAUUUAGAAAAGAGUGUCUUGCAGAUGUGGACACACAACCUGCGUACCAAAAUUUGCAUUCCAGAGUUGAAGAUACAGUACAGAGAUUCUUAAAUCGACAAGUUUGGACUCCUGAAUUAAAGAACAAGAACAGACUUCGUGAGGAAAUGAGAUUAAACAUCAUACGAGCUGGAUUUCUCGAAAGUGGAGUUAGUAGGAUUGUGGAUCAAGUUGUUGAGCAGAAAAUGGAUUACAUCCAGUCAAAAGUUGAGGAGAUAUUGUACAAAUAUGUAGGCAUUGAAAAACCAAAGAAGGAAGAGAAACAGCAGAAUGGAUCAUUAGAAAUCGAUACAGCAUUACUACCAACAGAUCUUGAACAAGUUUCGCCAGAUUCAUCGACUGACAAGAAAUCUCCUGGAUCUAUAAAGGAAGAAAUUGAAGAGGAAUUAGUAGAGGAUGAAGAUUUUGAGUCACCAGCAUUUGAACCAAUAGAAGCAAUUAAAGCUGAAAAGACUGAAGUUGAAACUAAUGAAAAUACAAAUUUGUCUGAGAUUUCAGGCUUAACAUCUCAAGAUUCACCAAAAUCACAUAAAAGUGAACCAACAAAUAUUGAAGGAGAACAAAAUAAAGUCGAUACAGCACUUUCACAAAUAUCCAGUACACAAGAUAACAUUCCAGAUACUUCAGAAAUGGAACCGCCGAUUGUUACGAGUGUUAUUCCAGUUCCAGGGAUAUGUAGUGAGGAAGCGCAAAUGGCAACUGGCUUAAAUGACUCAACAGAGAAUGAAGUGAAGCAAGUAGAGAUUGAAAAAACUUCUGACAAGCCAAAAUGUCAGUUUGACUUGAAAAAGGAUCAAAUAGAAUUUACUGGAACUGAACGAAAGUCAAUAAAUCUCGAUGAUUCGACAAAUUCGGGUGAGUCUGAGAAAGUUGUUCAGCAACAAGAUGUCCAAAAUAUGGAAGUUGAGAAUUUAUAUGGAAAUGACACAACAGAUUCCAGUGAAAUGCGAAUGGAAAUUGAUCUCAAAGAUGAAACUACACAAGAGACAGCAAUGUCAUCAAAAAUAGAAGAAAGUUCACAAGAUUCAUCGAAAAUCAAAGAUAAAAAAUCUCACAAACGUGAAAGAUCCCGAGAAAGGUCUAAAUCUUCAUCACAUAAAUCUAGUCGGCAUCAUCACAGCUCAUCAUCGUCCAAAUCUAAAGCUGAUGAAAGCAGCAAACAAAAAUCUCAUAGUACUGCACACAAAAGUGCAAGUAGUCAUAAGAAAAGCUCUGAAAAAGACAAGGAUAGAGCUAAAGAAAGAACUUCCAGUAGCCGUAAAGAUCAUCGAGAUAAUCGAGAAAAGGACAAGAAGCCUGAAUCCUCAAAAUCAUCUAAAUCAAAACAUGAGGAACCAAAAGAUGAUCAUCACCAAGAAAAGUCAUCAAAUAGACGUAGACGAUCAACAGAUCAUGAUUCUGGUGAUAGCAAGGAAAUCAAACAAAGCAAUAAUCCAAAAGAUAACAAUCAAGUUGUUAAUGGAUCGACAAAAGGAACUGAAAAUAAAACAACUGAUCAGAACCAAAAAUCGACUGAUAUUAAAUCAAAUAAUGAUGAAUUGGAAUCAACAAAAAUCCAAUUGAAAUCUAAUAAGGAACAAAAAUCAUCGAUUCUUGUCAAGCAUGACUACCUUAAAUCCACAAAUAAGCAGUCUAUGGAUAAAAAUGAUGAAAUAGAUAGCGGAUUUCAUGGGUUUGUGCCUGAUCAAUUACCCGAUAAUCCAUGGUUUGAAUGUAUAGACAUGAUGAAGUCAAAAAAAUUUCCAUUCGUGUCCAAUAAUAAUUAUGCAAGCAAGAAAAAUGACAAUUCUGCAAUCAAAAAAACAAAAUCUAAAACACUCGAUACCGCAGAUGAGUCAGAACAUAACACGACUGUACAUAAAAAUCAAUUCGCAUCACAAAGGUACGAUGCGAAUGACUUAUACAAGCCCAAAUUUGAUUUUAGUCGUCGUAGACGGGGUCAAGUUGUGGAGGAUGAUGUUAAUAAAUCUAGAGAUACGGCACCGGCAUCUAAUUAGGAUUUAUUACUCGAUGUCAAAUUAUUUUGAAAUCUUUUAUGCAUUUAAUUAUCACAGUUGUUUGAAUUUAAGGAAAUAA